CCACUCCGCGCUCCCUUCUUCGGUCUCCGUUGAAAUAAACGAGCAUUAUAAACCACAGAGGACGACGAGGAGGGGGAGAGUGAGGAGGUGGGGUGGAGCUCGGAGGAGUGGCCGCGGAGAUGGAGCUCGAGAUGGAGACCAUGGCGGCGGCGAUCGGGGUGUCGGUGCCCGUUCUCCGCUUCCUCCUCUGCUUCGUGGCGACGAUCCCCGUGAGCUUCGCGUGGCGCCUCGUCCCCGGAGCCCUGGGGAGGCACCUCUACGCGGGGCUCGCCGGCGCCGCGCUCUCCUACCUCUCCUUCGGCUUCUCCUCCAACCUCCACUUCCUCAUCCCCAUGGCCAUGGGCUACGCCGCCAUGCUCCUCUUCCGCCGCCACUGCGGCAUCGUCACCUUCUUCGCCGGGUUCGGGUACCUCAUCGGAUGCCAUGUGUACUACAUGAGUGGGGAUGCAUGGAAGGAAGGAGGCAUUGAUGCGACUGGUGCCCUCAUGGUUUUGACACUGAAAGUCGUCUCAUGCGCUAUAAACUACGGCGAUGGACUAUUAGAAGAAGAUGGCUUGCGCGAGUCCCAGAAAAAGUACCGAUUAAUUCGUCGUCCCUCUAUAAUUGAGUACUUUGGGUACUGUCUCUGCUGUGGUACCCACUUUGCGGGACCGGUGUAUGAGAUGAAGGAUUAUCUUGAAUGGACAGAAAGGAAAGGGUUGUGGGCCCCUUCGAAGGACAAACCAUCUCCUUCACCUUAUCUGGCUACAUUGCGUGCUCUAGUUCAGGCUGGCAUAUGUAUGGGUUUAUACUUAUAUUUGGUGCCACAUUUUCCACUCUCACGAUUUAGUGAGCCCAUAUAUUACGAAUGGGGUUUUUGGAAACGGCUAUACUACCAAUACAUGUCCGGCUUUACCGCCCGUUGGAAGUACUAUUUUAUCUGGUCAAUCUCAGAAGCAUCAGUGAUCAUAUCUGGGCUUGGAUUCUCUGGUUGGACUGAUUCUUCGCCUCCAAAACCCAAGUGGGAUCGUGCGAAAAAUGUUGAUAUUCUUGGAGUUGAACUUGCAACCAGUGCGGUCCAGUUGCCCCUUGUAUGGAAUAUUCAAGUCAGCACUUGGCUACGUUAUUAUGUUUAUGAGAGGCUUAUUCAGAAAGGGAAGAAACCUGGAUUCCUUCAGUUGUUGGCUACACAGACUGUUAGCGCCGUUUGGCACGGUUUAUAUCCUGGUUAUAUCAUAUUCUUUGUUCAAUCAGCAUUGAUGAUAGCAGGUUCACGAGUUUUAUACAGAUGGCAGCAGGCUGCUAAUAACAAUGCCAUUUUGAAGAAGAUUUUGACGCUCACCAAUUUCGCGUACACGCUGCUUGUUCUCAACUACUCUUGCAUUGGUUUCAUGGUUCUGAGCUUCAAGGAAACCCUGGCCUCCUAUCAAAGUGUGUACUUCGUCGGCACUAUUGUUCCCAUCAUAUUGAUUCUGCUGAGUUAUAUUAUCAAGCCAGCGAAACCUGUUAGGCCGAAAGCUCGCAAGAGCGAGUGAGCGAGAAAAGCAUGUCUCGUCAUGCUGCCGGCAGAAGAGGCAAAGCUUGAGGAAGCAUUUUUUAAAAAUUUUUUUAUGAGUGAUUUGAGAUUUAAGUAUAGCUUGUUUGAUCAUUUGCAAUCUUGUAAACAUAUCCGAGGAUUUAGGACUAUCAAUAAUGUGUUUUAUUUUCUACUUUACGUGGACAGUAGUAGACUCUGUUAAGUUAUUCAGAAACUUGAAUAUUUUUCCCGAGGAUGCUUUUAAGUGCAUUUCGAAGAUCUGUUUUCAUCUGUAGUAAAGAUCACUUCAUUCACGGUGGAGCUGUUUUCCAGAAGUUUCAUCAUUCUCUCCUUUUUGUAA